AUGUCAAAUGAAAAACCUCACCAAGUCUAUGGUGAAACCAACAGCAAGCCCACAAUCACAGAAAAUGUCCUCCAAGAAAAGGCCGAGACCCAGUCCUUGAUCAUUGACUUUGAAGAAAACGACCCCGGAAACCCACUGAACUGGCCCAGAUCAAAAAAAUGGACGAUAACACUUGUCGUCUCUCUUUCGGUGUUUCUAAUGCCACUAUCUUCAUCAAUUGUCGCACCCGAGCUGAGCACCAUCAAAGAUGAACUGAACAUGGGCAGCUCAUUAGAAGCAGUUCUAGUCAUGUCAACCUUCAUCCUGACCUACUGUCUCGGCCCUCUGAUACUAGGCCCAUUGAGCGAGAUGUUUGGAAGAGCCGCAGUCUUACACUCGGGGAAUACAUUCUACCUAAUCUUCAACCUGGUGUGUGGGUUCGCUCAAAAUAAAGGCGAAUUACUUGCUUCCCGUCUCCUCGCCGGCUUUGGAGGCGCGGGUGGACUUGUUGUGGGCGCUGGUAUCAUCAGCGACUGCUUUCCCAAAGAAGAGCGCGGCUGGGUAAUUGCCAUCUACAAUCUUGGGCCAGUCUUUGGCCCUUCCCUGGGUGCUGUCAUUGGCGGGUUCAUCACUCAAUACACGACAUGGCGUUGGGCAUUCUGGGCAACAUCUAUCUUCGACGGGGUCUUGAUCGUGCUUGGUUUACUUGUUAUGCAGGAAACAUACCCACCCGUCAUCCUCGCGAGGAGAAAGGCAAAGAUGUUGAAAACGGCUGCGCCAAAUACUCUAUUGAAGACACCUUAUGAGAAACCAGACCAGACUCUCGGCCAGCUAUACCGCAACUCUCUUCUCAGACCCCUGCAGCUACUGAGAGUUCAGCCCAUCGUCCAGCUCCUAGCCAUCUUCUACGCCUAUCUAUACGGACUAAUGUACCUAGUUCUCUCGACCUUCACAACUCUCUGGGCAGAGAAAUACCACCAGCUCGUCGGUCCAGCUAGUCUGAACUACCUCGCACUGGGAAUCGGAUACUUCCUCGGCUCACAGGUAUGCGGGUUCCUCGCAGACCCAAUCUAUAGAGCCCUCAAGAAGAAACAUGGCGGGAAUGGAAAACCGGAAUUCAGAGUAGUUCUCAUGUUCCCCGCCUCGAUCCUCGCCCCGGUCGGUUUGCUGUGGUACGGUUGGGCAGCGCAGGCAGUCACUCAUUGGAUUGUGCCUGAUCUUGGAAUCGCACUAUUUGCUGGUGCUGCGAUGGUUCUAUUCCAGUGUACCAGUGCAUAUCUGUAUGAGGCUUUUACUUUGUAUGCGGCUAGUGCGACGGGUGCUGUUUAUAUUCUUCGUGGAUUGACGGGAUUCGGAUUUCCUCUCUUCGGUCCGAGGAUGUAUCAGUCCUUGGGUUAUGGAUGGGGGACCACUAUGCUUGCUCUUGUUGCUGUUAUUAUGGGCUUUCCGGUGCCUGUUAUUCUUUGGAGAUAUGAACGCUUUACAAUGUCUGAUAACUACGGUAGCUACCAAACGGAGAUAUAUGGCAAGGGUGCCUUGAUGGGAAUCCUGCCCGGUGUAACCACCGACCCCCGCAAGCUAGAGGAACAUGCUCGAGAGUCGCUAGGCGUUCGCGCAUUCAAUUAUGUCGCCGGUGGAGCAGGCGAGAAGGCGACGAUGGAUAGCAACCGGCUGGCAUUCCGGCAGUGGAAGCUAAUCCCACGAAUGAUGCGAAAUACACCCGAGCAAGACGUUUCAGUCGAGCUCUUCGGUCAGAAAUACGAUAAUCCCCUUAUCAUGGCACCGGUCGGCGUCCAGGGCAUCUUCCACGAAGACAAGGAGACAGGUCUUGCAGAAGUAUGCGAGGAAGUCGGGGUACCGUAUACGAUGAGCACGGCGAGCACGAGCUCGAUUGAAGAUGUUGCGACCGCCAAUAAGCACGGGAAGCGAUGGUAUCAGCUGUACUGGCCGAGGGACAAUGAUGUUACGCUGUCGCUGCUAAAGCGGGCCAAAGAGAGCGGGUUCUCGGUUCUUGUUGUUACCUUGGAUACAUGGUCGCUGGCGUGGCGACCGGCGGAUUUGGAUAAUGCCUAUGUACCCUUUAUCAAGGGGGUGGGGAACCAGGUCGGGUUUAGCGAUCCUGUUUUCCGCGCGAAGUUCGAGAAGGAAACUGGAUCGAAGAUUGAGGAGGAUAUUAUUGGUGCUUCGCGUGCGUGGAUCGGGGACAUUUUCGCUGGUAGUCCGCAUUCGUGGGAGGAUUUGGCUUUCUUGCGGAAGAAUUGGGAUGGGCCGAUUGUGUUGAAGGGAAUUCAGCACGUGGAUGAUGCGAGACUGGCGCUAGAGCAUGGAUGUGAUGGGAUUGUGGUAUCAAAUCAUGGUGGCCGUCAAGUGGAUGGUGCUAUCGGGUCUCUGGACGUUCUUCCGGAAAUAGUCGAUGCAGUCGGUGACAAGAUGACGGUACUUUUCGAUUCCGGUAUUCGGACAGGUUCGGAUGUGAUCAAGGCACUAUGCUUGGGAGCCAAAGCAGUUCUUGUUGGUCGACCGGUGAUUUACGGACUCAGCAUUCAGGGCCGAGACGGGGCCAGACAGGUGCUUCAGGGUCUUUUGGCCGAUUUGUGGCAGAACAUGGGCCUAUCGGGGAUUCGGAGGGUGCAAGAUUGUGAUCGGAGUCAGAUUCGCAAGGUGCAAUACGGAGGUGACGUGAAGGCGAUGAUGUAG